UGCAGAGGAUUAAGGUGGCUGGUUCUCCGUGGAGGUGGAGUGGUUGGGUCACUGCACUGGAGCCUAUAGUUGUUGGUCUUUUAAACUCUUAUUGGUUUAACCAGCCACGGAACUCUGAGGCAAGGGGUUGGGGGUGGGAAGGGAAACAGAGAAAAGGCAAGUGAAAGAGAAGGGGAGGUGCAGUUUCAGAACCGGCCCGCCUUACCCCUGCUGCCUAGCCUCAUCUUCGCCCAGCCGACCCCUCCUGGAGCCCUAUGGCCAACUGUGAGUUCAGGCCGGUGUCUGGGGACAAACCCUGCUGCCGGCUCUCUAGGAAAGCCCAGCUCUGUCUUGGCGUCGGUCUCCUGUUCCUGACCCUCGUCGUGGUGGUCGCGGUGGUCGUCUCGAGGUGGCACCAGCAGUCCCAGCGCUCGCAGUGGGGAGGGCGGGGCACCACCGACCGCUUUCCCGAGAUCAUCCUGGAGCGAUGCGUCGAGUACACUCAAACCCUCCUUCCUGAGAUGAGACAUGUAGACUGUCAAAACAUAUGGGAUGCAUUUAAGGGUGCGUUUAUUUCAAAACAUCCUUGCAAAAUCACAGAAGAAGACUAUCAGCCACUACUGAAGUUGGGAAAUCAGACCGUACCUUGCAACAAGACUCUUCUUUGGAGCAGAACAAAACAUCUGGCCCAUCAGUACACAGAGAUCCAGCGGGACGUGUUCACCCUGGAGGACACACUGCUAGGCUACCUUGCUGAUGACCUCACAUGGUGUGGAGAAUUCGAGACUUCUGAAAUAAACUAUCGAUCUUGCCCAGACUGGAGAAAAGACUGCAGCAGCAACCCUGUUUCAGUAUUCUGGAAAACAGUUUCCCGCAGGUUUGCAGAAUCUGCUUGUGGUGUGGUCCAUGUGAUGCUCAAUGGGUCCUGCAGUAAUAUCUUUGACAAAAAGAGCACUUUUGGGAGUGUGGAAGUCCAUAAUUUGCAACCAGAGAAGGUUCACACACUAGAGGCCUGGGUGAUGCACGAUGGAAGAGGAGAUUCCAGAGACUUAUGCCAGGAUCCCUCCAUAAAAGAGCUGGAAUUGAUUAUAAGCAAAAGGAAUAUUACAUUUUCCUGCAAGAAUAUCUACAGACCUGACAAGUUUCUUCAGUGUGCGAAAACUCCUGAGGACUCAUCUUGCAUAUCUAAGAUCUGAGCCAGUCGCUGUGGUGUUUUACCUCCUUGAUUCCUUGUGGUUUAUGUCAACAUACAUGACUCAGCGGACUUGCUGGUGCAGAGCCGAAGAUUCUGGAGGGUCCUCCACAAUAAGGUCAACACCAGAGAUAGAAGCCUUUUCCCCCAAAGUCUUAAAAUAACUUACAUUAUCAGCAUAACUUUUAUUGUGAUCUAUCAAUAGUCAAGAAAAAUGAUUGCAUAAAAUUAAAAUGAAAGUUUUACAUUAAUCCUUUCUACUGAAAAAUGACCACACCAAACCUCUCUUAUUAGAACAGGCAAGUGAAGAAAAUGAAUGCUCACGUUUUCAGAAAGCAUUACAUUUCCAAAUGAAUGACCUUGUCGCAUGAUACAUUUCUGUGCCCUUCUUUUCCCCCUGUAGUUCUAACGUGGGUAUCUUUGCCAUCUCUGGCCCAAGGACUUCCUGACCUACAUGUAUAAAUAUUCCCUCACCAUGUAUAGUACUCUCUUAUAAAUGACUUCUCUACCGGAUUACUGGUUGCUCAUAAACCUCAUAUUUUGGCCGGGCGCAGUGGCUCACACCUGUAAUCCCAGCACUUUGGGAGGCCGAGAAGGGUGGAUCACGAGGUCAAGAGAUCCAGAGCAUCCUGGUCAACAUGGUGAAACCCCGUCUCUACUAAAAAUACAAAAAAUUAGCUGGGCAUGGUGGUGCGUGCCUGUAAUCCCAGCUAUUCAGGAGGCUGAGGCAGGAGAAUUGCCUGAACCCAGGAGGCGGAGGUUGCGGUGAGCCGAGAUUGCGCCGUUGCACUCCAGCCUGGGUAACAAGAGCGAAACUCCAUCUAAAAACAAAAAACAAAAAACAAAACCCUUAUAUUUUACUCGUAAAUGUGUUACUACUCCCUGUCUCCCUACUCCACUCUCAUUUGCUGUAAAAAUUUCUCUUACCAUCCCAACUUUCACUCCCCAUCGUGCUUACCUGAAGGUCGUGGGAAUGACCUGGGCUUUAAUGCCCCUUUUCUAACCUCCCAAGGCUCACCGUUUUCCUAUUGUAAUGGUUCUUCAUCUUAUAAUGUUUGAGGCACAUUUUCAAAUAUAGUCAUUUGAUUUUAGACUGAAUACUUGAAAGGACAUACACACACACACACACACACACAAAUAUAUGUAAGUGCAUAUAACUGCAUACACACACACACAUGCCUGUAUACAGUCAUAUGAUACAUAUGCACACACACACGCCUAUAUACAUAAUAUGCCACUUAACAAUGGGAAUGUGUUCUGAGAAAUGCAUCAUUAGCUGAUUUUGACAUUGUGUGAACAUCAUAGAUUGUAUUUACACAAACCUAGAUGGUAUAGCCUCCUACACACUUGGGCUACACGGUAUAACCUUUUGUUCCUAGGCUACAAACCUGUAUAGCAUGUGACUAUACUGAAUAUGGCAGGCAAUUUUAACACAAUGAUUAAUGUUGGUAUAUCUAAACAUAGAAAACGUGAACGUGCAGUAUGAUAAUCUUAUGAGACCACCAUCAUAUAUGUGUUCCAUCAUUUGGUCCAUUGUUGGCUGAAAAGUAUUUAUGAGGCACAUGAUUGUGUAUAUCCUUUCCUGUUACAAAAACAGUGUCUCUCAGUCCACAGUAAUUACGGCAUUCAGUAGGUCUUACUUAAGCCCUGAGUCACCAUUUGUGUCAACCUGUUUGGUGCCACGUCCAAAUCUCUUACAUAACCAGCAGACAAAGCUAGCAAAUAAUUUGGCAAAACGUCUUGUUUAUUUGGCUUUGUCUUUGCAACUUUCUGUGCCUUUCAUAGCUCUUGUUUGGAGGAAGCCCCACCCAUGUCUGCACACUGUGAUACAAAGGGGACAGCAUCAACUUGCUUCUUGGUGCCUUAUUCUUCCUUAGAACAAUUCCUAAAUCUGUAACUUAAGUUUCUCAGGAAGAUUCCAUACUGCACAGAAAAACUGCUUUUAUGAGUUUUUAAAAGGCAAAUUGUUAUAUGUGCUGGAUAAUUUUUAUGUAUGACAGAUAAAAAUUGUAUAAAGUAAAAUAUUAAAGUACACCUAGAAAACUGUAUAACUUUAAGUCAUUUUAUAAACACAUUGCUAUUUUCUCACAGUUUUUCUUAGAAUAAUAAAGCAAUUAAUUUACUUAUACUAUGAAGAGUCAUCAUUUUAAUACAUAUUUUAAGCAAUCCACCAAGAACUCAGUAGCCAGCUGAGAGGUGGUGUCUAGAGAGGUGGUGCUUAGCUGGGCCUUAGCUCACACACACAAAGCACAACAGGCUUUGAACUAUCCCCCAACAGGGCAUUUAUCCUUGAACUUGAUUCAGAGAGACACACAUUACCAUUCUCUAAUUGGAAUGCAAGUAGCACAAGGCAGUGAAAACUAUGGAAUUAAGAGGCAGUGACACAUUGGGCAAGUUUAUUAACAUCUGUGACUCUCUAGUUUGAAAUAUAUUUGUAACAGACAAAAAUGAAUCAUACAAACAAUAAAAUCAUAAUGAAGA